UUAAACGUAUAAUUUUUAUACUUUUAUUUCCUAAACAAAAAAAAGAUAAUUCCAGAUUUUUUGCCGAAGACGUUUGCGUUUGAAAUCGUUCUAAUUUAAGUUCAAUUAUUAUAUACAUAAUCACUGUUAAAUGUGCGAAAAUCAAUCACUAUGACAUAUAGUUUGUAAUAAAUAUGUAUACGUCCAAGAAGUAAUUUAAAGAUGUCGGAGUUAAGCGAUUGUUGUUAAACAAUAACAGAAUGAAAUAGAGCAAAGAACAGUGAAUUAUUAAUUGCGUAAAAUGUCCUGUUUACGUUGAAAUACAUAUUUGUAAAACGUCAGAAUGUCAGUUUAAUCAUACGUGGCUAUAUACAUAUAUCGAUUGUUUCGAUAGGGGUCAGUAGUGAAUAGUCGUGUUUCACCUGCCAGCCUGACGUAUUGUCGUUUCUUCUACUUUCGACUCGCGUUACAAAUACAUUUAACUUUCCGCCUUUUUUUAUAUAAAAAGUUUUCCUACUUGGACAUGGUUGCAUCGUUGUUUCUUUAAAGAAAAGAUUUUGCUAAAACUAAUAAAUUAUCGGUAUGAAGCACCAGCAGAUCUCGGUCGAUUUUAUAAGCAUGGUGUACACCGCUUGUUCGUACUUGGCUCUCGCUGGAGUCGUUUGGAUAUUCUUACGACUCAUCCAGGCGUGCUUUUGGUUACCACGCCAUCUGAAAAGACAAAAUAAUGUCCAACGAAUGCUGCAAGACAAGAUGGAGGGCUAUGAGAAGUACAUAUUGGAGUGCGAAAGAAGAGAAAAGAUUGAACAAGAAAUGCAAGGCGGGGAUGCCAAGUGUGAUCCUGAGCAAGCGGAGAAAUGGAAAGAACGAAGAGAAUGUCUGGAAAUGUUGAAGAGGGAAUUAAGUAAGAUUCGCGAUGGCGGUGACGAUUCGCAAGACUGGGACUAUCUUCUGGAAGAUGAUGAAAAGAAGGAAGCUAGUAUCACAGAAAUUCAAGAUGACGAAAUUUCUAAAGAUGGACCUAAUGGUAAAAUAAACGCAAGCACGAACGUGAUCAAACAAGUAGCCGAUUCGCAGGAGAAAAAGGACAAAUAAUUAUGUUUCACAUCAUCUCUGUAAGAACGCAACGGCAUUUAUGAUAACAGAUUGAAGAUGUUUAAAAUCUUUUUAGUUCGUAAAAAUCGUAGAUAAAAUCGUACGAUGAAACAUUUGAAGAAUUCGAUUCGAAGUAUUUAAAAAAUAUGCAACGAGAUAAAUGUGUGUUCAUUUCAAAACAAACAGAAGAAAUAGUAAUUAUUAAUUUUGUGACAAAAUUUUUAACAAUUUUUAAUAUCAUAAAUAGUUUUAACCUUAAUACGUUUCGUUCACAUAUUCACCUACGAGGCACAAGAAUUUAGUAAUUAAUACGUAUUAAGUGUUUGAUUCUACCUAUAUUUAAUUAUAUUUGCAAUGAUAUACGAGUGAAUGCAUUUUAUUGUACGUAGCUAAAUAUACAAUUUUUACGAAAAAUUACCCGUUGACACGAAAAUGUAAAAUAAGUGCAUAUACAUUAGAAACACAAUUCAAAAUUAAAGUUCAAUCUAUUACAUACACGUGCCUCUUUAAAAUUACAAUAUAAUCAAGGGAUAUAUAGAGUUUUGCAAUUAUUAGCCUACAAUAAUUUAAAGAAUUCAAAUUAGUUUAUAAUAUGAUAAAAUUGUUAUAUUAUAAUAUAGAAGAUGUAUUAUGAUAUUAAUAAUUUUAAUAUAUUUUUGUUAUAUUUAUUGUUAUUAUUAUUUAGUGCUGUAUACGUAUUGAGACUUUAAAGAAGUGCCCUUAUAAAAAUAGAAUAGGUAUAUUCUUAAAGAUGACUGAAACACAUACACGAAAAACAAAUGAAAUUAAGAUAUUUAAAAAAUCGAAUUUAUAAUAUCUAACAGAGUUAAUUUAUCGAAAUAUUACAUAUGGAAAGAACAAUUAUGAUAUUUUUGUACUGGAUUUUUAUCAAACAUAAUGUAAAGUGUAAACUUUAUAGUAUUUAUAACAAAUAUUUAAAGUUACCAAUUCUAACCAGGAAAAUGAAUUGAACUGAAUAUAAUAAUAUAUAAACUAAGUGUGAUUUCGUAUGCAACUAAUGCACCGUAUUUUUUACAUGCAUGUAUAUCAACAAAGUCCUAUUUAUUCUUCAGACGUGUUAUACAUCUAUGUACGUAUCUUUGUAUCGUUUGAAUUACAAAAGUAAAAACACCAAAUAUACUUAAUAUUAAUCUUGAAA